GUCGCCAUGGCGACCGUGCGCAGCGCCGCUACCCCCUGUCCUGGCGCAGACCUGCUGAAACAGGCUGACGUGGAGAAGCUGUCGCGGCUGGCAUGGACUGAUGAUGAAGAGGAGCCCGAGGACGCGGUGUCGGCGCGGUCUGCGGCCAGCUCGGGGACUGCUGACGGUCUGGUGUUUGCCGGGCACCGGGCGCUGCCGGACUCCCCGGAGGUGCGCCAGCUGCUGCAGCGCGCCGCCAACAUCAGGAGGCGAGCCAGGCAGCUGGUCGCACACAUCUCCAGCCUGUGGCCUGCCCCUCUGCCCCUGGCUGGCUCGCUGCUGGGGGCGCUCAACUUGAGCUCCGUGCCCGCCGCCGACUGCCAGUACGACCGCCGGCCCAACUGCAGGCGCAGCCUCCGCUACCGCACGCUGGACGGCACUUGCAACAACCCGCUCAACCCCGUGUGGGGCGCCGCCAACACCCCCUACACGCGCCUCCUGCCGCCUGUCUACAGCGACGGGGUGCACGCGCCGCGCCAGUCUGCUCGCGGCGGCCCGCUGCCCACGGCGCGCCUGCUCAGCGCGCAGCUGUUUCGCGAGCGGCCGGGCCCGGCCUCUAGAGACGAGGUGCUGACGCUGGCGCACAUGCAGUGGGGCCAGCUGCUCGCCCACGACACGGCCUUCUCCGCCAUCCCAACCGCCGACGAGCAGGGCCGGCCCAUCAGCUGCUGCUCGGAGACGGGCCAGCUGCUGGAGGACCCGCCGGACACGUGCAUCGCCAUCCAGAUCCCGCGGGACGACGCCUUCUACUCGCAGUACGGCCGCCGCUGCAUGACCCUCGUCAGGACGCUGACCGCCGCCGACUGCACCCUGGCGCCCUCCGACCAGAUGAACCGGAUGAGCUCGUUCCUGGACCUGUCCAUGAUGUACGGCGCCGACGAGGCGGCGUCGCAGCGGCAGCGGCUGCGGCAGCGUCGCGGCGGCCUGCUGACGUCACAGCGAGACGGGCGCGGCCGCGAGUUCCCGCCGCAGAGCGCGCGCCCCGACCAGGAGUGCUUCCUGCAGGCGCAGAACGACACCUGCUACACCUCCUCGGACCUGCGGCUGAACCAGAACGUGCAGCUGGCCUCGCUGCACACGGUGCUGAUCCGCGAGCACAACCGCCUGGCCAGGGGGCUGGCUGAGCUGAACCCGCGCUGGGACGACGAGAGGCUCUUCCAGGAGGCCCGCCGCAUACUCAUCGCCCAGUACCAGCACAUCUCGUACGCCCACUACCUGCCGCCCAUACUGGGAGAGCGCGCGAUGCGGCAGCUGGGCCUGCGCCCUCAGCGGCAGGGCUACACGUACGACUACGACGUGUCGCUGCACCCCGCCACCAUCAACGGCUUCAACGCCGCCGCCUUCCGCGCCUUCCACAGCAUGAUCGAGGGCAACCUCACGCUGGUGGACGGGGCGCGGUGCCCGGUUCGCCACUACCGGUACAGCGACGGCUACUUCCGGCCGGCGGCCGUGCAGCGCGAGGACAACCUGGACCUGCUGCUCAACGGCAUGGCCCACCAGCCGGCGCAGAAGCUCGAUGACUCCUUCACCACAGAGGUGACGCAGCAGCUGUUCCGCGCCGAGGACGCUGCGUUCGGCAUGGACGGCGAGAGCCUGGACAUCACGCGCGGCCGCGACCACGGGCUGCCGCCGUACCCCGCCUUCCGCGAGCUGUGCGGCCUGCCACCCGCCAACACCUGGAGGGACCUCGCCAACACGCUGGGCCACAACUCGGCGCGGCGGCUGUCGCAGCUGUACGACAGCCCUCAGGACGUGGACGUGUUCGUGGGCGGCCUGCUGGAGCCUCCAGUGACCGGCAGCCUGCUGGGGCCCACGUUCCGCUGCCUGGUGGCCGAGCAGUUCCACCGCUGGAAGCGCGGAGACCGCUUCUACUACGAGAUGGGACAGCUGCCGCACUCCUUCAGCCCAGCCCAAUUGAAGCAGAUACGAAAAUCAUCACUUUCUCGGAUGUUAUGUGACAAUGGUGACAAUAUCACUAUGGUUCAACCUGAUGCUUUCCGCCUUGUUUCUGAUAAGAACCCACUGAAACCAUGUGAUAGUCCAGCAAUUCCAGAGCUAGAUCUUGGCCCAUGGAAACAGUGAUUCACUAUCACAAGAAAUUUAUUAUAUUACUUUCAUAUGAAAAUUUGUCACCAAAGGAAAUCUUGUGAUUUACCUAAAAGCUCUAUGUCAAUUAAAAAUGUCCACAUUUUCAUCUUCUUAGGUAAUAAGCAGCAUAUGUUGGUACAGAAAUCGUAAUAAUUUGGGAACAGAAUACAAUUUUUGUACUGUAGUUGUGAGGCAUAUUUAAUUCAGUUUUAAGAAACGAAAAAUGCCAGAUUGUUUUCAUGUAAUAAAGGCCAAGGCCUUUAAUCAUGCUGACAUACUAGACUGCACCUACAGAAAUAAGUUUUUAACUUAGUAGUGAGCCACAAGUGCAGCCCUUUACACUAACUUUCAUUCCCGCAGAACUUCUCUGAAGUGAUGAAACAGCUACUCAUCAGCAUUUCAGAAGAGUUUUUUAGAUCAUAACCAUUUUGUUUACUGCAAAGUGAGGAUGGGUGUAACCAUGCACAUCAUUUAAAAAUGUAUUUAUGGAUUCAUUCCACAUUACAGAUAAUAUCUCUGUAGUGGACUUCUUUUGUGAUAAGCCCUGGUAACAGCCAUGCCUUCUCCUCUUAGGAUUCUAGCAAGUACCUUUGAAAGGCCUUUAGCUCUGCAAGUGCAUCUUCCAGUUUCUGUAUCACCUUUGUAAUUUUUGUUGUUGGAGUACUAUGGCGUUUGUUUGCUGGGCUGCAUUUUUACAUCAUGUGAUUGUAAGCAAAUAGAAGAAGAGGUACAUUUCUAGGGUUUUCACACAAAUCUCCAACUCAGUGUUCCAUAAAUUGAUAACAAAAGCGAGUUACCUUUCUUCCCACGAUUUUCAUGUAAUUGUUCUGCACACCUCUAUACUACAUUUCCCUUACUAAAUUUGACACUUUGAGUCAUAGCGAAAUAUUUUUGAAUUUUUUUCAUCCCAUCAAUCAGACUCAGUUUACAGGAACAUGCAUACUAUAUAUGACAUUUAAUGCAGUAUUUAAAAGAAAAUUGUACAGAUAUCUAAUCAUAACUUUCGCUUGUUAGUGCAAACUUUUUCAGCAUGAAAGAGUAUAAGGAUCCAUCAUCUAAGCAAUCUAUGUAACAAAAGGUGUUGCUCUAAAUUUUAAACAUUGCCUUGAUUUGCGUCAGAAGAGCCCAUAGAACUGAUUAUUUAGGUGUUUGUUGCAUUUUUAUUGAUUUCUUUCAAAGGAGCUAGGGUAACCAGAGAAUGUAAUCUGCACCCAGCACAUAAGCUGUCAAUUUGUAUUUUGUGCCAAGCACCUACAAAAACAGAAGUUAACCUAUGUUUCACUAAUUACUAUAACCCUCUUCUCAAAAGAGUUGUAAGUGGUGCCCACGUGGACCUGAAAUUGCUUCAUCUCUCAUUUUUAAACAAAUAAACUGACAGCAUAGCACAACAUACAUUUCAUCCACCUACGAUGCUACAAACGCAGUACUGCUACUAUUAGAUAUGUAAGAUUGGCAGUGGCUGGACACAAAACACUAAUGUUCUGAAGCUUUUUUUUUGAGGCCUUAUAGCUUAUACAACUUAAUAAGUGGGAAUCUCAGUGAUCAAGAUAAGUUGCAAAAAUAGUAUGUGCAUGUGGGUUCCACAUUUGUAAUGCAUAUACUCUAUAUAUAAAUGCCUGUCUUCCAAAGACUGCACAAUCGACUGCACUGUGAAACUAAAAUAAUGAUGGAAAAGUAUUAUAGAUAAACAUCACAACUGACAGUCAUAUCAUUUGACAUUUUUGCCAAUUCUCAGGAAAUAAAUGCAGAUAGGUUAUUUUGUAGCUGUACUUUGUACUAGAUAUGUCAUGAAUAUUAAGUUGAUACUAAGAGGCAACACUUUGUACUUGUCACUGUUCAUAGCUAUGGAACAAUUAAUCAUUAAUUUAUUGAAAUAAAUUUAUGUGAUAUUUGUGAUUUUUAAACUAAGUUUUUAUGUAUGUUCAUUUCUUGAACAACCAGAUGUCAGAUCUUUGUAUCUGUUAGAGUAAUG